CGAAGAUGGGCUCUUGACUUUCAUGAUUUAAAGACCAGUCGCAGCUAGAUGGUAAUCAAAAGGUGCUAAGAACCGCACCGACUCAAGAAGAUGCUAGGAUACAUAAAUAGUACGGAAAAAGAAAUCUGUUACCAAAGAUCAGACCAUAGAGAAGAGACCAAAGUAGACUUACAAACCGAAAGAUCAGGAUCCAUGCAUCAGCUAUUAGAGCAAGAUAAAAUUUAUACUCAUGAGCUUAAGGAUACUAAAGAACUUCAUAUCUCGCAAUCUAUGAGUGAGCUACAGAAUGAAGGGACUAUUAAAGGUAUAAAUGAUACAAGUAAGAACCAAACCCUCCUUGAGCCUGCAAUCCAAGCCAAUUUAGAGGAAUCUGAAGUUCAAUUAGGUAGUGGAGCUAUUUCUGAGCAAGAAAAUAUAAAGCUCGAUCCAAAGAGUGCUUCACACUCUGACCACCUUGAGAUUCCUUUUUCAAACAAUAGCAAUUUUGGUUCUUUCCAUGCACAAGUUGUUGAUCAUAGUGAAGAGCAUGGCUCAAGGUUUGAAUCUAAGCAGAAUAAUUCUGCUGAGAAACCCCACCUAAAACACCGGUCUAUCUCAAAAGAUAUCGAUAGCAUAGAUGCUGGUGAGGUCCAAGAGAAAAUUAUUGAAAAAUCUGAAAUCGAAGAGGAAAGUGUAGAGACUAACAAGAUCGACACGCAGAAAGUUGAAGAAAACCUUCAGGUUUCAGAAGAAAUUUCAACUAAAAUCGAAACAUUAUCUCAAGAAAUUGAGACAUUUCAGAAGCAAUUCCAUAAUAAUCAAGUUAUUGAGACAUUUACUAAUAAUUUUCUAAAGAAGUUGCAAGACUUGAGUAAUGAUGCAGAGGAUAUUAGAGAGCAGCUGGAAGAUAUCUUAAGUCAUGAACCUAACUUCUCAGGAAACAAUCCCUCUGCAGAUAUAUUUAAUGCUGAGACUAGUUCCAACAGUCCUGAAGAGGACUCAACAGGAUUCAGCCCAGAAGAUGUAGAAAGGAACAUCAAAAAUCUUGAAAAAGUCCAAUCAAAAUACUCAAGGGGCCUUUCAGAAUUCUUAAAAUUUGAGGAAACUUGAAAAGAGAAAAUAGUUGAUUAUUUGGAACAAGAGUUUGGCUACUUCAUUGAGAAAUAUGAAGAGAUUCAAGAAAAACUCCCUAUUGUUGAGUCUAGAGUUCAACAAACUCUCCAAGACAUUAGAAAUAAUUGGGAACACCUUGAUUUUUCAGAAGAAGAUGAGGAGAUUAUCCAUGAAGCAAUCACCAAUCUUGACCUCGAACUAGAACGGAUCCAAGAAAUUAGCCAAGACGUUGGGAAUUUGAACGAGUUGGUUAAUAAAGGUAUAAAGUGGGAACAAAAAAAGUUUAAAAAUAUCCCUAUGGAAGAGAUUCGUGAUACGAGAAAGUUAUUCUCAAAACAUGACUCAGAUUUCAACAUAGAUCUGUUAAGAGAAGAAUUAUAUUGCCUCCUAGAGAUGCAAGAAAGAAUUGAAUACUUAAGAGUUGACUUAGAAGAAACAGGCAUCACACUAACCCCUUUCAAAGAAGAAGAGGAAUACUAAUAAACAACACUAAA